UCCCUACUCAACCCCCCUCCUCGUCGCCUACACCCUCCAGCAGCUCCUCCUACCCGUGGCCAUCGCCGGAGCUCAGCUUCGCCUUCCACCUCGAGCUCCCAUCGCCUCCUCUUACGUCUCUCGUGCCUGACCAUGGCGGCUUCCCAUCUCCGGCGCCACUUUGCCUCCAGGAUUCACCACAUCCUUCACCCUUCCUCCCCCUCUCCUCACCCACAGAUCUCUCACGUACUGACCAUCUUUUGCCUCCCCAACUGACCUUACUGACCUACUCACCCACCCCACUACCUCUCGUUUCUCCUACUAUAUGCUCUGGCCAUGGCCACCACCUGCAAAGACACGCCCACCGGCUGCCCCCUCUUUCCGAGGUAGCUGGUGGGUAGUGUUCAGCUAUACUGACGCACAUGCUUGCCUCCUCGCUUCGUUCCCGUUGCUGCUGCUAGAGUGGAGUCCUCAACCAGACCUCGUUCACACAGGCAGCUCUCGUGCUCAUGGAGCUCGCUGCCUUCCAGGAUCUACAGCGCAAGGGAAUGGUCGUCCCCACGGCAAGCUUCGGUGGUCACUCCCUCGGAGAGUACUCUGCCUUGGCUUCCGUUGCAAAGUGCCUCAGCGUCUGUGAUCUUGUCGACACAGUCUUCUACCGAGGUCUCGUCAUGGGACGAGCUGUCAAGCGUGACUCGCUUGGUCGAUCCAACUACGGUAUGAUGGCCUGCUCGCCUGCUCGAGUCGGUCUCAGCGACCCUCAUCUCCAGGAGAUCGUCAAUGCAAUUGAGGCAGAGAGUGGCAAGCUGCUCCAAAUUGUCAACUGGAACGUAGCCACCACUCAGCUCGUCUUGGCCGGUGAGCUCAUUGCGCUUCACACAUUGACCCAGACCCUCAACUGGCUCAAGGUCAAGAAGAUCGAUGUCAAGGCCCUCUCGCAGACCAUGGACGAGGCUCAGCUUCGAGAGCACCUGAGCGAAAUCGUAAAGGGCCACUACGAGGCUGCUCUUGAGGACGAGAAGGCCAAGGGAGGCCGAAUUGAGCUCGCUCGAGGAUUCUGCACGAUCCCCUUGCCAGGUAUCGAUGUGCCUUUCCACUCCCGCUACCUCAUGGGAGGAGUCGGACCUUUCCGCAACUACCUCUCCAAGAAGCUCAACUGGCGCGACAUCAAGCCCAGCACGCUCAUCGGUCGCUACAUUCCCAACCUGAUCGCCCAGCCUUUCCGCACAGACAAGGACUGGGUCGAGCUGGUCUACAAUUCGUCCAACAGCGUGCGACUUGGCCGAGUCUUGCGCGACUGGGAGAAGGAUGCCUGGGGAGCUCCUGAGAACCUGCAGCGCCUGACUACCACCCUGGUCGUCGAGCUGCUAGCCUACCAAUUUGCCUCGCCCGUCAGAUGGAUUGAGACUCAGGACGUCUUCUUCUCGGAGCCCUACAACAUCGACCGACUCGUCGAAUUCGGUCCCUCUCCCACUCUCAAGGGUAUGGCAGAGCGAACCCACAACCUCAAGUACGCUGCUGCUGACCAAGCUCGUGGAAAGCGCCGUGUAUUCCUCAGCUCCUCAAAGGACAAGGAAGCCAUCUACUACGCCUUUGCCGACGAGGAAGAGGCUGAAGCAGCCCCAGCUGGCUCGGAGAGUGCCCCAGCUGCCCCAGCUGCUGCCUCUGCCCCUGCUCCUGUUGCAGCUCCCGUUGCCGCCCCUGCUCCCUCUAGCGGUGGUGGUGCAGCUCAGGACGUACCUGACGAGCCCCUCAAGGCUACCGACACCGUCCGAGCGAUCCUGGCUCAGAAGCUCAAGAAGCCCAUCUCUGAGAUUCCUCUGUCCAAGGCCAUCAAGGACAUGACUGGCGGAAAGAGUACCUUGUCGAAUGAGCUCGUUGGAGACUUGCAGCUAGAGUUCCCUGCUGGGCUUCCCGACAGGGGCGAAGAGCUUCCCCUCGAAGAGCUCGGAGCCGCCUUGAACAAUGCUUACUCUGGUACCCUGGGCAAGCACACGUCUGGUCUCGUCACUAAGCUCGUCAACGCCAAGAUGCCAGGAGGCUUCAAUCUCACAUCGGUCAAGUCUCACCUGCAGAAGGGCUGGGGUCUCGGCCCUGGCCGCACUGACGGUGUCCUGCUCGUUGCUAUCACUCAGGAGCCCGCCAAGCGAUUGGGCUCAGAGGCAGAAGCCAAGACCUUCCUUGACGCUGCAGUCUCCUCGUACGCAGCUCAGACUGGAAUCUCCCUCUCGCAGGGCGGAGGCUCCUCUGGUGGAGGCGGUGGUGGUGGUGGAGCCACUAUCAGCUCCGAAGAGCUCGAGAAGAUCGAGGGUCGUCACAACAAUCACGCUCUGCGACAGAUUGAAGUCCUUGAGCGAUUCCUGGGCAGCGACCGAAGGGCAGACGGACGACGAGUCGAUGCCGUCAGCGCAGAGCUGCAAGCCCUGACUGACAAGCUCGACCUGAUCAAGCUGGAGCACGGUGACACAUACUUGGACGGCAUUCUUCCCAAGUUCUCUGCUGCCAAGGCCCGCAACUUCUCUUCCUCGUGGAACUGGUCUCGACAAGAUGCAAUGCUCAUGUACUACGACAUCGUCUAUGGCCGUCUCCAGUCCGUUGACCGGGAGAUCUCUGCGCGAUGCUUGUCCAUCUUCGGUCGAGUUGACGGACCUGCUCUCCUGGAGUUGAUGCAGUACACGAUCAAUCGCGUUGACCCUUCAAUGGGCCCUACGUACGAGCUCGCCAAGGAGUUCGGUCAGCAGCUGAUUGAGAACUGCAAAGAGUUCAUGAAUAUGCCACCGCGCUUCAAGGAAGUCUUUGCUUGCACCGCUCCCAAGACCGAGAUCGAUGGAAAGGGCAACAUCGUCUUCCGCGAGGUGAAGCGGGAAGGUGUCAGGAAGGCCAUGGAGGGCUUCGUCAAGGAGCAGUCUCAGGGCACUCGCACCAGUGGCUACCAAGUUGAUUUGGCUCUGGCUGCAGAGAAUGCCAAGCGCCUCUACUCCUUGGUCAGGAACGAGCCUGCCGUCAGCAAGCUCAACAAGAGCACCGUCAAGGGUCUGUACAAUGAAGUUGCUCGAGCUCUCGGCCAGCCCCGCCAGACUCAGAGGAUCUCGAACCCACGAUCCGGCACUCGACGAGGAAGCUCCAACCUCCAGCGACCGGUCGCCCUCGAUGCUGCUCCUUCUAACGAUGCUCGCCAGCCUCUCCUCUCUAUCAAGCGUCAAGUCGGUGGUGCAUGGCAGACUUCUCAGAAGCUCACCUCUGUGUACUUCUCUGUCCUCGAGGACUUUGCCAGUGAAGGCAUGUCAUUCGAAGGCCGAAACGUCCUCAUUACCGGAGCAGGCCGCGGAUCCAUUGCCGUAGAGGUCCUCAAGGGUCUCCUCGCUGGUGGUGCCCGCUGUGUCGUGACAACAUCCAGCUACUCUCGCAAGACGGUCGAAUUCUACCAGUCCAUCUACCAGAAGCUCGGUGCUCGCGGCUCUACGCUCACUGUCGUUCCCUUCAAUGCCGCCAGCAAGUCGGACACCGAAGCUCUUGUCGACUACAUCUACACUACCCUGCAGCUGGAUCUCGACGUCUGCAUCCCCUUCGCUGCUAUUCCUGAGAAGGGCAUGGACAUCUCUGAGCUCGGUGACAAGUCUGAGCUCGCUCAUCGUGCUCUGAUGAUCAACGUACUUCGACUCUUGGGUGUCAUCAAAGCUACCAAGGCUAAGCGUGGCAUUACCACCCGGCCUACGCUCUGCUUGGUGCCUCUGUCGCCCAAUCAAGGACAGAUGGGCUUUGACGGUACCUACUCCGAGAGCAAGCUUGGUCUGACUACCUUGGCAAACCGAUGGGGCAGCGAAGGAUGGUCCGACUACCUUUCGAUUGUGGGAGCCAUCAUCGGUUGGACUCGAACUGGUCUCAUGGAUGCCAACAACAUCGUUGCUGAAGAGAUUGAGAAGAUGGGUAUGCGAACCUACUCUUGCAGUGAGAUGGCCUUCUCCAUCCUUGGUCUCUUGAGCCCUACCAUGUUCGCUCAGGCCACUGUGGAGCCCAUCCACGCUGACUUGACCGGUGGGUUCGCAAGCAUUCCCAACUUGUCGGAGGCCACUGGCAAGAUCCGCAAGCGCAUUCAGGACGAGGCUGCCAAGCGACGUGCCAUUGCUCUCGACUCCUCUGCCGACUUCAAGGUCGUCCAGGGUGCUGCUGCCGAGGCACUGCACCAGACUGUCAAGGUCGAGCCUCGAUCCCACUUCCGAUUCGAGCACGUCUUCGACAAGUGGACCAUGGAGCAGCACAAGCGCAUCGCCAAGCUGUCUCACGAGCUCACUCAGCAAGAGCUCGAGCAAACCAUUGUCGUCACUGGAUUCGCAGAGGUGUCUCCCUUCGGUUCUACUCGAUCGCGCUGGCAAUUCGAAGCCUACGGUACGCUCACCAUCGAGGCUACCAUUGAGCUGGCCUGGAUCAUGGGAUUGAUCAAGCACCACUCUGGACCUCUCAAGACUGGCAAGCAGUACGUCGGCUGGGUCGACUCGGCUAGCGGAGAGCCCGUCGAGGACCGUGAGAUGAAGAACAAGUACGAGCAAGAGAUCCUUGCUCACACUGGUGUUCGUCUCAUCGAGCCUUCCCUCUUCAAAGGCUACGACCCUAAGAAGAAGGGCUACACCCAGGAGAUUGAGCUCACCGAGGACAUGCCAACUUUCGAAGCUUCUGAGGAAGAGGCUCUCAAGUUUGUCAAUGAGCACGGCGACAAGGGAGUCGACAUCUGGAAGAACGAGGCCGGCAGCUGGGUCGUCCAGCUCAAGAAGGGCGCUCGAGUUCUGGUGCCCAAGUCCGUCGUCUUCAGUCGAACGGUGGCCGGUCAAUUGCCCACUGGAUGGGUCGCCACUCGCUACGGUAUCCCAGACGAGCUGGCCAAGAACAUCGACCGCAUUGGUCUCUGGGUCAUCGUCUGUGCUGCCGAGGCUCUCAUCAUGUCUGGUAUCAGCGAUCCCUUUGAGCUGUACGAGCACAUGCAUCCUUCCGACGUCGGAAACGCCAUUGGAUCCGGUAUGGGUGGUAUGCAGUCUCUCCAGGCUAUCUUUUCUGAGCGAAAGGCCGAAAAGGACCCUGCCAAGGAUGUGCUGCAGGAGUCGUUCAUCAACGUUCCUGCCGCUUGGGUCAACUUGCUCCUUCUUUCUGCUGCCGGUCCCAUCACCCCUACCGUUGGAGCCUGCGCCACUGGACUGCAGAGUAUCACCGUCGCCUCUGAUGCCAUCAAGACUGGCAAGGCCAAGGUCAUGCUUGCCGGAGGUGUCGACGACUUCAGUGAAGAAGGUUCCAUGGAGUUCUCCCUCAUGCAGGCAACGAGCAACGCAGAGGAGGAGCUCAAGGCCGGACGUGAGCCAUCGGAGAUGUCUCGACCCACGACGACUACCCGUUCUGGAUUCAUGGAGUCUCAGGGAGGUGGUGUGCAGGUGCUGAUGUCGGCUGCUACUGCCAUUCAGCUCGGAGCUCCCAUUCAGGGUAUCAUUGCGCAUGCCAGCACCCACACUGAUAAGCAAGGCCGAUCGAUUCCCGCUCCUGGACGAGGUGUCAUGUCUGCUGCUUCCAAGCUCCAGGCAACUCUUGCCACUUGGGGUCUUACUGCUGAUGACAUUGGUGCUGCUUCCAUUCACGGAACCAGUACCAAGGCCAACGACAAGAACGAGUCGCACUGCUACCACACUAUGCUCGAGAAGAUGGGCAGGACACCUCACAAUGCUCUGCCAAUCUCUGCUCAGAAGUCCGUGCUGGGUCACAGCAAGGGUGGCGCUGCUACUUGGGCUUUCAACGGCUGUCUUCAGAUGCUCCACACCUCAACGGUCGCUGGUAACCGAAACGCCGAUGACAUCUCGCCGGAGCUCAAGCAGUACAGCUACUUGCUCUACCCUUCGACUUCGAUCCAGCGUACGCCCGAGGACCUGAAUGCUACUCUGCUGACCUCCUUCGGUUUCGGUCAAGUAGGAGGAGUCAUCCUCACUCUUCACCCUUCGCACUUGCUGGCAAGACUGGGCGAGUCUACGUACAACAAGUACAAGACUGACCGUCGUGGUCGACAGGCUCUCACCUACGGGCGAAUGCAUUCGGCCUUUACCAACAAUGACCUGGUCCGCACCAAGUCUGAGCCUCCCUUCGCUCCUGCCGAUGAAGACGCCGUACUGCUCAACACCAAUGCCAGGGCCCAGAAGGUCGGCAACUCCUGGAAGUUUUCAUCGAGCAGCAGCCAACAAGAAGCGAGCCUGCAAGCUUCUUUGGGUGGAGCAGCUGGCAUCGGCAUCGACAUUGAAGACGUAGCCUCGUUCCCAGCUGAGAAUGAGACUUUCCUCUCGCGCAACUUUACCGACGAGGAAAUCGCCUACUGCCGAGGACAGCCAAACCCCAAGGCUUCCUUCACUGGCCGUUUCGCAGCAAAGGAAGCCGUCUUCAAGAGCUUGAGCGUUGCCAGCAAGGGCAGUGCCAGCCCAAUGAAGGACAUUGAGAUCACUGCUACCCCUGAAGGUCCUCGCGUCAACCUGACUGGAGAGGCAGCUAGUGCCGCAAAGGGAGCCAAGUUCCUUGUGUCCAUCUCACACGCGGACGUCAAUGCCGUCGCCAUUGCCCACAGGCUGGCGUAA